AUGGAGAUGAGCCCGACCGGAUUCCCGACAGUCAUGCUCAUGGACUAUGCCGGUGUCCGGUUGCAGGGCGAGUACGACGAGGAGUACUGGGGCGUAGAACUGAAGGCCUUGGCUAUUGGGCUGAAUCCCUACCUGGUCAGCGAGAAUUGCGACAUUCGUACGGUCAAGAACCCUCUGGCUAGGAGUACGGCGGAGAGCACCCGGACGAACGGGCUGCUGCAAUCGUCAGGGAGGACAUGGAAUGGCAUCAUCUUUGCAAACGGAACUGUGCUCGAUGAUCCUCCUGCGAACUACCGUCCAUGGAAGGAGUCUGUCCUGCGCAAUGGAACCGUGUUUGCUAACGGGACGGUCCUCACUCACGACCACAGCCUCCAAAGAUACUAUACUACAGUACAAAGUGCAAACGGCUACACCCUGGAACCCUAUCCAGCCUAUACCCUCCUCCCCUACAUGACCCAACCCUGCAUCCGCACCAUCCUCCCCGACUCAUCCCUAUCCUCGACAAUAACCGCAACCCGCUCCCACGGCACCGGCCCAACCAUCCCCUUCACAUCCGGCAUCGCCCUCCACGCGCCCUGGCAUAUCACCUGGAGAGAAGGCGACCGCGCGCUCCUCUCCCCACAGCCGCCUAUCCUCCGCGCCUCCGAGACCAUCCGGUACUGGGUCCCCGGGGAGGCGGUCGAUGAUGCGAAUACGAAUGUGGCCGGGGACCAGGGCGGGAUGGACGAGAGGACGGGGUUGGGCCUCGGCUUGGGGAUUGGGCUUGGUGGGGGAGUGGUUCUUGUGGCGGGGGUGGUUGGGAUGGAGGAGACAAGACUGGAGAAGGAUCUAAGCCCCCGUGGAGAGCUAAUUCCUUCUAACGCGCAAAGUGCGUUGAUGGCCUACUCUUUCCAUUUUAGUGCUCACCCUUCGUCGCUUUGUGCUCACUGA